UCCCGAUCCCGAUCCCGGUGCGGCGGCAAAAAUGUCUGCAGCAUGUGAAUUCCUCACGCUCCACACUGGUCAGAAGAUGCCUCUCAUCGGAUUGGGAACUUGGAAAAGUGACCCUGGCCAAGUGAAAGAAGCGGUGAAACAUGCCCUGAGCGUGGGUUAUCGCCACAUUGACUGUGCCGCCGCUUACGGCAAUGAGACGGAGAUAGGGGAGGCUUUCCAGGAAUGCAUCGGGCCCAACAAGGUUAUGAAAAGAGAGGACCUAUUUGUAACAUCAAAGCUCUGGAAUACGAAGCACCACCCUGAAGAUGUGGAGCCAGCAUUAAGGAAAACCCUCGGGGAUUUGAAGCUGGCUUACCUGGACCUGUACCUCAUGCACUGGCCUUUUGCCUUUGAACGAGGGAACAAUCUCUUCCCAAAGAAUGCCGACGGCACGAUGCGCUAUGAUUAUACUGAUUACAAGGAUACCUGGAAGGCUAUGGAGAAGCUGGUAGAAAAAGGUCUCGUGAAAGCCAUAGGGCUGUCAAACUUCAACAGCCGUCAGAUCGAUGAUGUUCUCAGCGUGGCCACUGUCAAACCAGCUGUGCUGCAGGUGGAAUGUCACCCCUAUCUAGCCCAGAAUGAGCUGAUAGCUCACUGCCAAAAACGAGGCCUCGCUGUCACUGCCUACAGUCCACUUGGCUCUCCCGAUCGAAUGUGGAAACAUCCAGAUGAGCCUGUGCUUCUAGAAGAACCUGGGAUCAAAAAACUGGCAGAAAAAUACAGCAAGUCACCCGCCCAGGUCAUCCUCAGGUGGCAAGUGCAGCGCAAAGUUGCUGCCAUUCCCAAGAGCGUCACCCCCGCUCGCAUUCUGCAGAACCUCCAGGUUUUUGAUUUCAGUCUCACAGAAGAAGAGAUGAGCCACAUCGGGAGCCUGAAUAAAAACUGGCGUUACAUCGUGCCGAUGGUUACGGUGAAUGGAAAGCUAGUAGCAAGAGACGCUGGACACCCCCAUUACCCCUUCAGUGACCCCUAUUAACUACUAGAAAAUCAGGUGUUAGAACAACAUGCUCCUCUGCAUGCUUUUCCACAAGUAAUUCUUGCUAUAGUUUAUCAAAAAGCCUUUCCAAAUAAAACCUUCCUCUGUGAAUAGGAGGCCUGAGAAGGUUUUAUUUUUAAUUGUUUUUAACUGACCUCCUUUCUGCAGAUACUGUAGCUUCCACGUCAGAGUUUGUGGGAUUUUGUUAAAAUGACUGCAAACUUGCUCCUGGAAGUGUCAAAUGUUUGGGGGAUUGGAUAAGAUUGGGGGAGUCAAAAUCAAGCUCCAAACACUUCAUAAUGAGGCUGGGGGGUUAGUUUGGAUUUACUGCCUGUAAAAUUAGGUUAUUAUAUGCAGGGGGAAACAACAAAACAAAAAAGGAAAAAUAGAGCGCAGAGGCAGUUGGUAUAAAAACAUUUUUCAGCUAAAUAACCGCUCAGUAAUUUUGAUAUCCUUAGUAGUGUUUUUACACAGGGAACAAAGAGAAAGUGCUGUGGCUGCACUAUGCAAAAAGUACUUUAUCACAGCCCAAAUAAGCAGCCACGUCCAGUGCAUUUUGCUCCCUUUAGAGUACUCGUGUGACUUAAGAUCUCCAUUUUCUUUUUCUUUUAAUGUUUAGAUUGAUUUGGAGGAAAAUACAUAUCCUGGAGCAGGCCUUCAGGGCACUCCUCUCUGUUGCUCGUGUUACAGAUUGGUUUUAGCUCUAGCAAUGCCUCUAUAGCAUCAAAAAAGCACCAAUAACUUUGUUAGGAAGUCUUAGAUAAAUCCAUCCUACCUUGCCAAUAAUGUCCAGCGUGUCUUUACCACGGAUAAGUGUAGUCAGAGUGCUGGAGGAUCCCAGGAUUCAUUGCUGAGUACAAAUAAAAGCAAAGACCUGUCAGAGGGCCCCUUCUCUUUUAACAUCCCCUUCUCAGUUGCUGCCUGAACUGGGACUUGGGAGGGCUGGUCCUGCCCCACAUUGUACCACGGACCUGCCGGGGACGCUGGCCAGGCUGUUUGCCUUUUCCGUGUCGGUUUUCCCACUGGUCUCUGUGUUAUUCCAAGGCAGGGAUUAAUCUGCUGAGUGCUGAGGUACCACUGAGCACAAUUGGAGCUAGCAACGGUUUGUGUUCAGCCUCUCAUUCAUGACUUGUCCAGCCCUCUAAGAGGACAUGUGGUGUUAACACCUAACAGUGCUGUGAUAGUAUCAUUUGUGGCCUUACCACGGUUGUUUAACAUUUUGUUUUGUCUUUUUGUACCUGUAAAAUAGGAUUAAUGCUUAUUCACCUCAGGGUAGACAAUACAAGGCCCAGUUUCUAUGGCCUUGUGAGAAUUAAAGGGAUUUUUCUAGAUCCAUUGAUGCCAUAUGGAGAGUGCCAUAGGCAAGAGUUCUGGGUAACUCGUGGAAAUGAGAGCUGAACUGUCUUAAGCUUAAGAGAAAUGAAGAGUGCUUUUUUCCUUCCCCUAAUAACAAUCCUCUUUCAAAUAGUAGUUCAAAUAAUAUGUAUUUUGUUUUGUUAGCUAUGUUUCAUUUAUAUGAGGCCUCUAUUAACCCCCCUAUAUUCAUCUCAAGCAUAAUGCAGGCCAAAGUGUCAAGUAUUUUCUGCUGCAGAGCAUGCAGCUGAACUAGAACAAAUCUCUUCAAAUAAGGAUUCAAAAAGUGAUAAAGAAUUUACCUGUCCCUCAGCAAAGUGUUUUCCAGCGCAGUCUAAUGGUGAACUUAAACUUGAGUGUGAAAAACAAUGGCAUUUCAUUUGGGAUUCUUU